ACUUGCUUCCAGCAAAUGAUUAAUCUCUGUUUUAAUGAUUAUCGUGUUGAGGUUUACAGGGGUUUAAAAGCAGCAGACUGCAAGAAUUUGAAAAGAAAAAUGCUGCCAUUAAUAUUCUUUCUUGUCACUCUGGUUCUAGCUUUAGGAUAUGGUUUAUUUUGGCUCGAAGCAUUCAGUUCCCUUUCGGUCUUUCUGGGAUUGCCUGACAGCCCUGUGACUCACGCAUUAAUCCUGGUGAUAUUCCUGACUGCUUUGUGUUCGAUUCUGCCUUUUAUCCCCAGGGGCUCGAUCCAGAUUGAUGGGAAAGCAGUUUUGAUCACAGGCUGUGACACUGGAUUUGGAUUUGCACUUGCCAAACAUCUGCAUGCAUUAGGUUUCACUGUGUUUGCAGGAUGCUUGCUAAAGAAUCAGAAUGGAAAUGGAGCCAAGCAAUUAGAGGCCAUGAAAUCAAAUCGGAUGAAAGUCCUUCAGCUGGAUGUGACAAGUGACGAACAGGUCUCACAAGCUUUACAGUUUGUCAGAAAAAAUCUAGAAGACCCUGAUAAAGAUCUGUGGUGUAUUGUGAAUAAUGCUGGAAUUAUUACGUAUGGAGAAGUGGAAUUUACAAGUUUACGGAAGUACAAGGAAGUGGCAGAAGUUAACCUGUGGGGGACCGUACGAGUCACUAAAGCAUUUUUGCCACUCAUUCGCAGAUCAAAAGGUCGGAUUGUAAAUAUCGCAAGCAUGGCAGGACGGUUCAGCUUGUAUCUGUGGUCUGCCUAUGCUAUGUCAAAGUUUGGUGUAGUAGCUUUUUCUGAUGCCUUAAGAAAUGAAAUGCAUCACUGGGGUGUCAAAGUCAUUCUCAUUGAACCUGGAAUGUUUGCGGCUGCCACAAACCUUCUUACACAUGACCGGAUACAGACUCUUGCAGAAGAGAUAUGGAGUGAAGUUUCCGAUGCUGUCUGUGAAGAUUAUGGAAAGCCAUAUUUAGAUAAGCAAAUGCAUGCUGUCAACGACAUGUGUUCUUCAGGUACAAAGGAUAUGUCACCUGUUAUAACAGAUAUCACAGAUGCAGUCACUUCAAGGUUUCCAUAUACUCGUUACAACCCAAUGGAUGCUUACUGGUGGAUAAAGCUACAGCUUUUUACUCAUCUUCCCGCUGCUUUUACAGAUAUUUUUAAUCACUUUUAGCAUCUAGUAGCUGGCAUACUAAUAUCUGUUAUGCUUUGAUACUAAAAUGAAAUGUAUUUGACCCUUACAAAUAAAGGAAAGCACCAGUUUCAACCUUUAAGUUAACUGUUUAUGCCACAAAUUAAUGGCAGACAAAUAAUAUGGUCUGGCUAGAUUAAUAAUAUUUUACGUUUUGACAAAAAUACUACCUUUAACUUCAUCCCGAAUAAUUUGUUUUUUCUAAUCAUUAGCAUUUUAUAUAUCUUUCAGAAACACCAUACUAAGUUUUAAGAAACAACAAAAAGGAUUAUGAUAAAGUUUCCAGGCAUAACCCAGUUGUUAUGUCUGAGAAAUGGAUGUCAAGAAAUUCACCAUGACAGUUGAUCACAAUGAAGCUCAAAAGGUGACUCAUUUUGUCAUUCAUUAUAAGAGCAUAUAGCUGCUAGUUUUGAUUGCUGAGGCCCAGUCAUAAUUCAUUGUAGUACUUGGAAAAUUUCCCUGCUCCGUGUACUAAUAGUUACAGGGAGAGCAAAAAAAUUGUAGCAGUACUUAGUGUACUAAAAGCUCUGAAAGUUAUAAUGCAGUAAUGUUGGUACAGAAUUGUUCAUAGUACACAGAGAUUUAGCUGCUUCAGUGUUCUACUAAGUAAAGAGAAAAGAAAAUGAAAGGAAUUAUACAAGUGCUGUAUGUGUUACAGUUUUGAAAGCUGUAACAUACUAAGCAUAGCUCUCAAAUGGAUCAGGGACAAAUCCAGAAAUAAUCAAGGAAAUCAGGGACACUUCUUAAAAUGCUAUUACUAUUAAGUUGACAUGUUGACAGAAUAAGAGAAUGUGAAUUAAUUUACUUUUUCUGAAAUAAAAAAUAAGAUACAUUUCUCCAACUUUAAUUACUGUCAUUAUUUAUUAAGUGUAAUUUACCCUUUUCCUCCAAAUGUUACCAAUUAAGGGGGGAUUAAGAGGGUGAGAGCUAAAAUUUCUGGUGAAUUCAGAGACAGUUGAGAGGUAUGACAAAUGCUGUCUCAGACAGCAGUCAGAAGGAGAGUACAUCUCUGUAACUAUAGCAGCUUUAAAAGCUGUCAUACACCUCAUGAUACCAUAGCAAGAAGAUGUAUAGCAGCAUGGAUUGUAUUACAGCUUUUAAAGAUGGGUUUGCUUGACACCUAGCUGCUGAUUAUUCUCAAACACAAAAAUAGAGAGUAAGUGUUGAAAUGAGCUUAACAAAAAUUUGUUAAAAAAAUUGCCUUUCUCAAUUCUGGACUAUAAUUACAGCACUCCAUAUAUUGCAAAAAUUGAACAUAUGUGUAUCUUACUAGAAUUUAAGACCAUUUGAGGUGGAAAGAAGCAUGUCUUCACAUGGGGGGGGUGGAUCUACAUGAGUAUAUGUAACAUUUCACAGUGGAAAUGUUAGACAUUCUGUGUAGUUAUUUGACAUCUGUGUAGUGCUGCCAGUUCAGUCAACUUUCUUUCAGGUUAUGCAGAAGUGUAAGGAAACCAGAUCACAUGGAACUCUGAAUAAGGCUAAAUACUGUACUUUUCUUUUCAAGUAGGUAAUAAAUUAUAUAUAUGAACAGGUACACAUGCACUUCACUUUAAUCAUUUCUAUGUUUUAAACCAUUUGUAUGCAGUAUUUUCAUAUUCAUUAUUUCUCCACUUUGAACAUUUUUCAGCAUUUUAAGUAGCCAUGAAUGAUCAUGUUAUUAAUGAUACAUUCUACUGCAUUUCAGCUAUGUGCUUUGUAUCAAUUAUUCUAUCAUUUUUCAGUCAAUUUUACGUAGGACUUACUGCUCCGAUACAUUAAGGCAUGUGUGAACUUCUGUUUCCAUAGGUGUACAAGGGAACAUGGAAAUUCAGAUUCUUUAAUCUCAUUGCUAAAGCUGUUGGUUUCCUGUUUUUGUGCUUAGUCAAAAAUGUAAUGAUACAGUGACAUUUUGCUAUGUGAUGUGGUGACUGUUGUUAUUUGUUUCAAAUUAACAAGGCCACAUGGCCCUGCAGUAUAAUAAAGGAUUCCUUGUUUUAUCCACAUAAA